UCGUGAGUCCGGGUGAAAAUGCACCCUUGCAUGGGAGUGUCAGCGGGCGGUCGUUAUUGCCAUAAAAAUUCUAAUAUGCAACCGAGGAAUGGAAUAUGCGACAAAAUCGAAAAUUAUAUAUCCGAGCUGAGCCAGUGGUCGGUAUGGAGGACCAUUAUUCUCGGGCAAUUUCUCUCGAUAGUCCUUUACUCGAUGACGCAAUUGAAUCACCACAUAAACACAGUCUCCAAACUGGGUCUACCGACAGGUCAAAAUUUACCGCAUUAUGCGAUGAUGUGCCUCGUCUACACGACCUGGAUGUCGUGCAGAGGCGCCGGAAAUGGACUUUUGUCCGUUAUAAAAGCACGCGGAUGGCGAUACUUGCUGCUCGCCUUGAUAGACGUCGAAGCUAAUACCCUCGUUACUUCCUCUCAUCGAUUCACUAGCCUGGCUAGUAUACAGCUUUUAGAUUGUGUCGCCAUACCGGUGGCCCUGGCGCUCUCGUGUCUAGUUCUCGGUGUGCGAUAUCGAAUGGUCCACAUCGUUGGCAUUUCCGUGUGUCUCAUGGGCGUUGGAUGCCUCGUUUGGGCUGGAAUCGACGACAAUAAAGAUCUCAGCGCUAAUGGGAAGAAUCAAUUGGUGGGCGAUAUGCUCUGUCUUGGAGGUGCUGUGCUCUUCAGUGUCAUAACAGUUCUCCAGGAACUUGCUGUCAAAACCGUCGAUAUUAUCGAGUAUCUCGGAAUGAUUGGAUUUUUCGGCACUAUACUCAGCUGCAUACAAAUAGCCGUACUGGAGCGUUUGCAGAUAGAGUCAGCAUCGUGGGGAGUUGCAGCGCCAGUCUUGAUAUCGGCUCUGAUAUUCUAUUGUAUAACUCAAUUUGUCUUCUUCUCAUUGGUUCCUGUGAUAUUAUUCGAAUCAGGGGCAACAGCGCUGCAACUGGCCUUACUGACAGCCGAUUUCUUCAACGUUCUCAUCGGCAUGCUCACGCACCAAUACAGAUUCCAUACGCUGUACUUUCUUUCGUAUACGCUUACGAUGACCGGUAUAUUCAUAUACGCGAUCAAAAGAACGCCAAUGUCGUCGAACUCGAGAAGACAACACGUCGACGCGCCUGUGCCCGAUUACAGUGACGUGAUUUUAAGACGAAUGUCUCAUCCGGACGGAGGCGAAGUGGAAAUGGCAACGAGCUCGGGAAUGUCCGCGGUCAGCGGCACCCUCGACAUAAAAGCUUCGACGUUAGGAAGCGAGCGCGAAACGAUGGAAGCAACGAGCUUACCGCUCAGCGUUAGCUCCGACACGGCCUUUACCUCUUUCUAUGGCAGCCAAGCGAAUUUGUAGAUAGAUAGUUAACAUUUGAAUAUAAUUGCCAAUAAGCGAGGAAGACGACGGAAGAAAACGUGAUGAAGCAUCCGACGGAGGCAUUGCGACGUAUAAUCUCCGAUAUAAUCGUGUUACGAACUUCCACAAAAUACUUUCUCACUCUUUCUCCUUCGUCCAAAGGUCUCUAACUCACUUUAUCAUGCACAAUUCAUCCGAGCGAUAUGACGAACUCUACAAAUAACGUUUAUCGAGGAUUCAUCGACUUCAAAUCGUAUUCGUCAGCUUAUUUUAUCAUCAAACAGUAUUCGUGACUUUUGUUAACUCAUUAACUGUUUUCAUUCGUUAGUCAGACCGUAAAAAGUGUCUGUGAGCUUUACGAGCAUUACAUCGAAGGCUUCUCACUGAAAUUUUGUUCAUCAGGAGAGUGGGCGACGACAAAUGGAAGGAAAAGUGUAUCAAACAAUAAGUAACGUUUAAUAACGAUAACAAUUUUUUCUAAGUAAACUCGUGAAACGAUUAAGUAGUGUAGUUACGUAUAACUAGGAAGAAUAAUGCGAGCUGCCAUCGCAGCGUGUCCGAGGAUGAAGUUAUCUCAAUACUGCAAACCCUCGUCCAUCAUUACCGUUUUCCUCAUCGGGGCAAAGUGUGCCAAAAUUGGUGGAAAUUAAUUUCAUUUAUUGUGAGAAUGGCAGAUUUUGGAAAUUUUGUUUUUACAAUCGUAUGAAUUGUCUGUGAUUUUCGCAAGUUCAGAAUACUCAUUGAAAGCAUAUUUUUCAUAUCGUUUACUCCCUCGUCUUUCGAUAAUGUAAUUUUUCAGUUGUUUUAUGUGAACGAUACAUUUUUUGACAUUACUCUCUUUCUCGUUGCUCAAACUGACCAAUAUUUUUUUGUAGAUUUUUAUCAUUAUAUUGGGCACAAAACAACUUCGUUUACUCACCAUUAUAACGAUACUUUUUCAAUAAAUCAAAUAAGCCAAA